AACACCUGGUCAGCCGGGCUCAAAAUCUGUGUUUUUGUUUACAUCAGGAAAAUUUUAGUUUUUGUGAAAAAAUUGAGGAAGGAAAUGGCAUCUUCAGUGGAUUGGAACAUUAAUAGCUACAGGACAACGUACGAGUGCGAUGAACACUGGGAUUUGAGGCGCAGUUUCAUGGAAGCGCACAAAGACAGGUUUCCGGAAGAUGAACUCGUGUGCUUAGCACAAACAUUCACAAAUGUCGAGUUCCUGGGAUGCAGAUACCCAUCAGAUACCAUGAGACUCGUAGCGGAGUUGUCGAAAGAUGUGGCAAAGGAAUUCCGGAAGAAGAGGGAAUCCCGGCUCAAGAGGACCUUUGUCCAGGCAUCAGAUGCAGCAGAAGCUAAAGUCAAGAGGGUACGGAAGUAAAUAAAUUCAUUGUUUAUUUGUCAGACAAGGAUUUGCGUUUCUUGGUGAUUUGCUGGAAGAGCUUCUUCCCGGCAGUUUUGAGGACGUCAUUGGAACACUCCAGGAGGCUGCCCCAAGCGAUCUGAUCAAUCUGAAAAAUAUUCAAUUGUAAAAUAAGGAAAUAAAUGAUUUUUUUUCUAGAGAAA